AGUAAUAGUUCGAUUUUAGUGUAUCUCUAUUCUUCUUUUAUUAUUUAUUCUCCAAAAUUUAGACAUUUAAGAAAUGAUUAUAAUAUAAUAUAUGUAUAAUAGUAUAAAUAAAGAGAAAUAAUAAAAAAUAAAAUAUUUUUAAAGAGAUAAAUAUAUCAAAAUCAAUUGAUUACCGUUAUAUUUAAUUUUCUUUCAUACUUAUAACACUCUUAUCUUAUUCUUUUCUAAAUCAAUAAUAUAAAAUGAGAAUAAUAAUUAGUAUUGUGUAGUAUUACAUAGUAUUACAUUGUAUUACAUAGUAACUAUGUAAUACAAAAAUAUAUUAGAUCAAGUCUAUCAUAUAUUUAAUCCAUGAUAUAACUGAGUAUUGAGAGUUAUAUAUGAACUGCAAAUAUGGCUACUCCUUUAAAACCAGUUGUGAAACAAGUAAAACCAAUUUUAUCAUUGACUCCUAUAGAAGCUCGAAGAAGAGUAAUAUCAUUAUAUAAAACAUGGUACCGACAAAUUCCAUUUAUUUUGUCCAAUUAUGAUCUCCCAAGGACAAAAAAAGAGUGUCAACAAAAAUUAAAGGAGGAAUUUAAACGUAAUGCUCAUAUAAGUGAUUUAAGAGUAAUUGAUUUGUUACUUAUUAAGGGACAAAUGGAACUUCAAGAAGUUUGUGCUCAAUGGAAACCACCUGGAACAUUGUUGAAUUAUUGGAAGGAAACACAUGAACCAAAGCCAAAAGAUUUUAUGUCAAAAUUUUUAUCAGGUCAAGAUUAAAUUUUAUGAUUGUAUAAUAUAUUUGUAUAAGUUAUAUAGCAUAAUUAAAUAUGUAAAAUUUAUAAAUUAUAUUAAAAGAAUAUAUAGUUGGCUGAAAAUUAAAAAUGGAAAAAAGAAGAAAA